GGCUCGGGACGCGCGGGAGCAUGGAGCCGCGGGCCGGCUGCCGGCUGCCGGUGCGGGUGGAGCAGGUCGUCAACGGCGCGCUGGUGGUCUCCGUGAGCUGCGGCGAGCGCAGCUUCGCCGGGAUCCUGCUGGACUGCACGAAAAAGUCCGGCCUCUUUGGACUGCCCCCGCUGGCACCGCUGCCCCUGGCUGACGAACCGCCCGCCAUCGGCUGCCACGGCCCGGUCCCCGAGGAGGGGGGAAGAAGAGUGGCCGAGGAGGGGAGCGGCUCCCCACCUCCUCCCUGCAAGGGCCAGUCCCCCAAGGAGACCCGGCCGCUCAAGGCCGCUGGCCCCACACCGCCCCCGCCGCCGCCGGUGCCGCCGCUGCCCGCCACGAGCCUGCCCCCCUUCCCGCCCUACUUUGAAGGCGCCCCCUUUCCACACCCGCUGUGGCUGAGGAAUACCUACCAGCAGUGGGUGCCGCAGCCACCACCCAGGGCCGUGAAGCGGACUCGAAGGCGUCUGUCCCGGAACCGAGACCCCGGCCGGCUCAUCCUGAGCAGUAUCCGUCUGCGGCCGCGCCAAGUGCUCUGUGAAAAGUGCAAAAGCACCGUGAGCCCCGCGGAGGUCGGCCCCAGCCCCCCCACCACUCCCAAGGGCCGCCGGAGGCUGGGCAGCGGCCCAGACAGAGAGCCCCGCAAGCCUGAGGAGCAGGAGGACCUCACCGCGGGGGCCACCCCCAGGAGGAGCAAGAGGGAGAGGCGGGAGGAGGACCGGGCCCCCCGGGAGCGGGUCCCCCGGAGCCCAGUCAUCAAGAUCUCCUACAGCACGCCCCAGGGCAAGGGCGAAGUGGUCAAGAUCCCCUCCCGAGUGCACGGCUCCCUGGAGCCCUUCUGCCCCCAGCAGGCCCUGCACAACGGCAGCCUGGCCCCCGAGGGGCUGCGGGACUCUGAGCCCAGGGGCAGCGGGGACUGGGUGCCCCGUGGAUCCUCGGCCUCCAUCCCCAAGCUGAAGCUGACACGGCCCGGGCCCCCCGGCCCGGACCUGCCUCCGCCCAAGAUCCGCCUGAAGCCUCGUCGGUCGGGCGAUGGGGAGCAGGAGCCCCUGUACCGCGCCGAGCUGGUGGAGGAGCUGAACGGAGGCCCGCGGGGGCCCCACGCCUGCUCACCCACUCUCUUUCCAGAUGGCUCUGGCCACAGGCUGGAGGACAUGUCUUCUGGAAGUUCCGGUGAGGAGGAGGAUGUCCACAGGCGUCCCCAAGGGAAGCAGGAACGUGAGGCCCUGGCUUUUCCAUGCCCCGAGAGGAGAACAGGUGGCUCCCGGGAGCCGGCGCACGGCCGCGCCGGCCCGGAAGAAUCUACGUCACCCGGCUCUGAAGUAACCUCUCUGGACACCGGCGACCCCUCCUCCCGGGACCCUGCCUCUGCCACCUCCCCGACCCGAGACGCGCGGCCUACUGUGCCCCCGCUCACGGUCAAGCUGCACACGCAGAGCGUCUCUAAGUGCGUUACCGAAGACGGAAGGACGGUGGCCGUAGGGGACGUCGUGUGGGGUAAGAUUCAUGGUUUUCCUUGGUGGCCAGCGCGUGUCCUUGACAUCAGCCUUGGCCAGAAGGAGGAUGGAGAGCCCUCUUGGCAAGAAGCAAAAGUCUCAUGGUUUGGGUCUCCAACUACAUCCUUCUUGUCUAUUUCAAAACUCUCCCCUUUCUCUGAAUUUUUCAAACUGAGAUUUAACCGUAAGAAGAAGGGGAUGUAUCGGAAAGCCAUAACAGAGGCUGCAAACGCCACUCAGCACGUGGCCCCAGAGAUAAGGGAGCUCUUGACCCAGUUUGAAACGUAACUUUGGUUCUGCGACCAGGUCACCGGCGAUGAGGUGCAGCUGUUAUCCUGAACUUCUGACUUCUGUGAGGGCCCCUCAUGCCUUCUGGCAGGCUGCGUGCAGACACAUGCUGGGCCCGGUGGUCAGCCUGGCGUGAGUGCCCCGGAGGAGCAGGUGCGUGCCGAGAGGGGCCGGCCCGGACAGGCUCCUCCUGGCUGUGUGUCUGUUCCUGUGCCUCAGGCUAUGGUGUCUCUGGCCAGGAAACAGCCCAGAAGUCCGUGACAUGCUUGCUACUUCCUGUGCCGGACUGGCAGCUUCCGGGCUGGACGGUCCCCAUGCCGCAUGGGGCCGCCGUGGCCCGCCGUGGGGCCGCGUGCCGGGCAGGGUCUGGGCUGCUCUGCUCUGCUCUUCCCCCUGCCGCACCGGCUGGAGACGCCAACUUGCUUGUGGGGGUUCUCCUUCCCAGCCUGGGCCUGGGGUCUCUGUGCAUCCAGCGAGGGGACCUGCCCCUGUCACCCACAUUCCUCCCAGAGCAGGGUCCCCUGGGCACCCCAGCCUGCCAGGCCACUUGGGAGAUGCUGCUAUGAGUUGCCAGCACUGUGAGGAGGAGGGGUGAAGGGCGGGCGUGAAUCACGGCGGCCGGAGGUUGGGAGGAGAGGCCUCCCUGCCCUGCAGUCAUUCCUUUCCCCUCUGCCAUUUCAAAGACCAAAAAGAAAAGGAAAGAAGGAAACAUGGUCUUCUG